AUGGUGUGUACUUCUUACAAGACCAUCUUUGCCAUGCUGGCUGCUAUGGCAUUUGGCUUAACGGAAGCCAACCUUGGUAUUUGUUAUGCCCCGUGGAAUGGUCUUGAAGUCACUAAGGAGAGAAUUGAGACAGAUUGCAGGAAAAUGCUGGAAUAUACCACUUUCAUUCGUACGUUUGAGGUUAAUAUGAUUGGUCUCAACAUAAUUGACGUCGUUAGCAGUGUAAAUGGUAAGAUUGCUGUUGGUGUGCAAAUGGCUGUACGGGAAAACAUUCCUAUGGAGAUUAAAGGUGUAUGCGAUGGGUACAAGAAAAGCCCAGAUACUGUCAUGGCUGUGUAUGUUGGUAACGAGAAUCUCCAAAUCGAUGGUUCUGGACAAUACACCGUCGAUGAAGUUAUUGGCUACAUAAAGACUGUGAAAGAGUGCACGGGUGGUAAUGUAAAAGUUGGCACGGUGCAGACUAUCAGCUACUGGCUUGGCGCUUCUGAUGCUAAGAGACUCUAUGACGAAUGCACUUCUCCUGGGGUAAACAUUUACCCGUUUUUCACUUCAUCUCUGAAAUCGAAUUUUGAUAAAUUCCUGGAUCAGAUUAAUCAACUUGAGAACAUCUUCGGUCAAGAUAAUCUUUUCGAUAUCACGGAGGUUGGCUUUCCUACAAACGGACCACCAAGUUCCCAAGGAGUUAUGCCGUCUCUACAGGAAUCACAGCUAUUGCUAGACAACGUUUUUCAUUGGUCCAUCAAAAUGAACAAAACCACGUUUUGGUUCCAGUACUUAGACCAAUUAAAAACUUUUGGUGGCCCGGAUUUCGAAAUGUAUUUUGGAAUUGUGAAUGUGGACCGUACACCAAAGUUGGUGUUUCCAAAGUCUUCUUCACCUAUUCCUUCGCCUGCGCCUAAUGUCCCUGCUCCAGCUCCAGGCAAUCCUCCACCUUCGGGCUCUCCUGCUACCGAAUCACCUGUGGCGAUUCUUGUAGAUGCGGCCUCUACUCCUGCACCUGAUGUUCUUGGUCCUGCUCCGGAAUCAACUGCUCCGAAAUCAACUACUUCGGACUCUCCUGCUACAGGCUCUCCUUCUACAGGCUCUCCUUCUACAGGCUCUCCUUCUACAGGCUCUCCUUCUACAGGCUCUCCUGCUUCGGGCUCUGCUGAUUUGGACUCUUAUGCUUCGGGCUCUGCUUCUUUGGAUUCUCCUGCUUCGGAAUUACCUGCUUCGGGCUCACCUCCUCCGGGCUCUCCUCCUCCAUGCUUUUCUCUUCCGGAAUCACCUGGGGGGGGGGGGGGAGGGGGGGGGACCUUCGGAAUCACCUGCUCUCCUCCUACAGGCUCACCUGCUUCGGGCUCUCCUCCUACGGGCUCACCUGCUUCGGGCUCUCCUGCUACGGACUCACCUGCUUCGGGCUCUCCUGCUACAGGCUCACCUGCUACAGGCUCUCCUUCUACAGGCUCUCCUUCUACAGGCUCUCCUGAUACAGGCUCUCCUGCUUCGGGCUCUGCUGAUUUGGACUCUUAUGCUUCGGGCUCUGCUGAUUUGGACUCUUAUGCUUCGGGCUCUGCUUCUUUGGAUUUUCCUGCUUCGGGCUCUCCUCCUCCAUGCUUUUCUCCUCCGGAAUCACCUGUUUCGGGCUCUCCUGCUUUGGAAAUACCUGCUACAGGCUCACCUGUUACAGGCUCUCCUCCUACAGGCUCACCUGCUCUACCUGUUUCGGGCUCUCCUGCUACAGACUCACCUGUUUCGGGCUCUCCUGCUACAGACUCACCUGUUUCGGGCUCACCUGUUCUGGGUUCUCCUGCUUCGGGCUCUCCUCCUCCGUGCUCUCCUGCCCCGGGCAUUCCUGAUUCUUCUACCCCUUGUGAUUUUCCUCCAAAUGCUGAAAAUGAAGACCUCUUCAAUGAUGGUUCGUAUGGUACAAAGGACACUUAUACUUAG